GGUUUCAACAAGCAAGGAUUGUGAUAGAGCCAUCGAAUCGCCGUAAAAUUUCAAACUUGCUGAAUAAUGACAAGGUUCUCCGUGUGAGGAUGAAUCAAGCUAGUCCCGGCGCUGUGGUGGGCACGUGUUUGACCAUGUGUCCCGCAGCAGAAAUAGCUCUGCGAGAGAGAGAGGAACUGAUUCAUCCAUUUGAGGCCUCACAAGAGACCGUUCAUCUCAGGAACCCCAAAGCCGACCCCUCCAAAAUGGUGAAGGCCUAUUCUAGACCAGCUGCAGGCAGAGUUGACCCUCUGUCCUCUGACCUCCGUCCUCCAGCUGUCCUGCUUAGCACUGUGAGAUAUCUAUUGGAAAGAAUAGUGAGUCUCCAGGAGCGUAGAUGGACAGAUGUGUACGAGUAUGUGAGUGACAGAUUGAGGGCAGUACGACAGGAUUUAAUCAUACAAUCCGUCAUUGCAGCCGUCAUCAAGAUCUUGGAAAACACCGUCAUUUUCCACAUUUACUCUGGUUACAAGCUCUGUGUGGAACCUGUGGAUGUAUUUGUCCCGACUCUGAACAACAACCAGAUCCAGGAGAAUCUAAAAUGGCUGCUGUCCCAAUACCAGGAGAGUGACAGUUGCCAUGACAACAGAGUACUGUUUGAAAGUAUAUACUUACUGCAUAACCUGGGAAACAGCGAAGCUUUAAGACAUUACCUGCAGUUGGAGAAACCCCUUAGGUGUAAUCCUUUACUCCGUACAGCAUACCGGAUAAGUAUUGGGUUUUUGUUAGGAAACUACACACGUGUGCUGAAGCUCAUCCAGUCUCUGCCCUCUGUUCAAUGUCAGAUGGCCGUACACCGGCAUUUAGUGGAGCUUCGCAGGAGAUCUCUCCAGGUCAUGUCAUCUGGUUAUAACAGUAAAAACUUGAGAUAUCCCACCUCAAAACUGACGGAGUUACUCGCCCUUGACAGCCAGCAGGAUGCUAUAAACCUGUGUCGACUGUGCGGUUUGUCGGUUGUCGAUGCUAAGGUCCAGUUCCUAAAGGCGUCAUUUAAAGCAGACGUUGAGAUCAAACCUUCCCACGCUGGAUUCAUUGAGCAGAGACUGAAAUGCAUGGCUGUCAAAGACCUUUUUUUCACACAUUCAGGAGAGGACAUUAUUGAAAAGGAGACGCAACCAAAACAGGGGACAGUAAAAGUCAUGACUCUCCCGUACAAGUUCAGAAGAAUGAAGAUAGAGAACGAGUGACUUGAAUCUUAAAAGUGUGGACGGGCCUUGGCAAUUAUUUCAAAGUUAACAAUUCUCCCAAAUUCAUGUGAUGUGAAUUGACCAUGGUAAUUCUCAUCAGCCAUAUGUCUCAAGGGGUUCACAAUCUUCACAAAGUCAUCUCGUAAGACUGACAUUUAUAAUUCUGAUCAUUCCAGGUAUGUUAGGGCCCUUCAAAAUCCAUCCCAUGAACAUGGGCAUUGGUAAUUCUGAUUGGCCAGAUAUUCUAGGGUUCACAAUCCUCCAAAAUCCAUCCCAUGAACAUGGACAUUGGUAAUUCUGAUUGGCCAGAUAUUCUAGGGUUUACAAUCCUCCAAAAUUCAUCCCAUAUAAAUAGGCCUUGGUAAUUCUGAUUGGCCAGAUAUUCUAGGGUUCACAGUACUGCAAAAUUCAACCAAUAUACAUGGGCCUUAGUAAUUCUGAUUAGACGGACGUUCAAGGAUUCACAAUCUUCCAGAACUUAUUUCAUGAAAACUUACCUCGGUAAUUCUAAUCAUCUAGAUAUUUUGGUAUUUGUAAUCCACCUAAAUUCAUUUCACGUGAACUGGCCUUGGAAAUUCUGAGGAUUUUUUUAGAUGAACAUGCAAGGAUUCUAUGAUUUCCAGAUGGUGUGCCUAGUUGAUUUUACAAGUAUGAAGGGUUGUUGCAGGUCUUGGUAGCAGGAGAACUGUAGGAUGUCAGCAUCUUCUCUGUUCUAUUGCCAGUAAGACGCGGAUUGCUAUUCCUUUUCCUGUAGAAUUGCAAUAUGGACGAUUUAAGGGCCUUUUCUUCUUCAUAAAGUCAUGAAAAGCCUGUAAUAUAGCAUUCCUUUUUAACAAAACGGACGAUUUACAUCCGGUAUCCUUCGUUGUUUUACCACAUGCAGUAUCUACAUGUUGGGGGUAGUCUUUUUCUUUUUCUUUUGUUGAAUGCAUCUGGUGUACUCUCCAGCUAAGGCAAAAUGAAAGAUCGGGGAUAGAAGUUCCGUUUUGGUUAGCUGAAUGCAAAAUCUAGGACAUGAGAUCCUUUCUAGGUUCUAGGAUAGGAGUUCCUAUUCUUGUUUGCUAAUAGCAAAUUCUAGGACAGGAGUUCCUUUUCUGGUUUGUUGAAUGGAAAUCUAGGAUAGGGGUUCCUUUUCUAGUUUGCUGAGUGCAAAAUCUAGAAUAUGCGUUCUUUUUCUGCUCAGCUGAAUUCGGCAUCUAAGAUAAAGAAGCUCUUUAGAGCAUUUAUCGUAGGAGUUGCUUGUAGGAGUUGCUUGCUGAAUGCAAAAUUAAUGCUACUAAUUCUUUUUCUCCUUUACGUUAACCUUCAUACAUAUACGCAGCAAAAACAAGAAAACUAAACGAGCUGAUAUCCCUUUACUUUGUGAUAAUGCUUC